AUGCUGCGGGAACUUUUCACGCAAGUAGAGCUAGGUGAUCAGACACCUUCCCAGCUCAUGCGUCACAUGCGCUCACUUCUCGCUGGAAGGCACAUGGACGACGCCACUUUUCGCGAGAUUUGGUUAGAAAAGUCACCGGUGAAAUUGCAACAGGUUUUGGCUAUGUUGGACUCGAAUACAUCCUUGGAGAAGCUAUCUACCCGCGCUGACAGAAUCAAAGAUUGUUACCUCAUUGGUGCCUCGUGUUCCAAUAUUCAACAGCCCCCACCUUCCAAGGGCAAGCCCCAUCGGGGCAUUUACAUUGAUUCAGAAGGCCCAGCAUUAUCAGAGCACGACACUCCCUAUACGGAAAAAAGCACCAUGCUGUUGCACAGCCUGACGAGCGCCCACGUCAGCCGGUCCUCCCAGAAAACCCACCGACGCUUAUCGCGCCGAUUACGACGAGCUAAGAGACACUGUGCGCCUCCUUUGCACUCAGGUGAGCAACAUGUGCUCUGCUCUUAACAGUCUUCAAUCGGCUAGAAAACAGCCAUACUCACAUUGGCGGUCUAAAUCCCGUGAGCGGCGUUCAUCGCACUUAUGGCCCGAAAGCCCGAAAAUGCAUACCUUCUUGUUCGUUCGCUCGUCCUUCACAGUUAAACGACCACGCCAGCCAGUAAUGGCGACGACUGCUGCUGGCCCGUCGCGAACCAAUCGCCUUUUCUAUAUCAACGGCAAGUCGAGCGGCCUCCGUUUCCUUGUUGAUACCGGUGCCGAGGUCAGUGUCAUCCCGCCUCUAAGGCGUCACCGCCUCAAGCCUUCGCAAUUCUCAUUCCAGGCUGCAAAUAGCACCACAAUUAGCACCUACGGCCAACGGUCCCUCACUUUAGGUCUUGGUCUCCGGCGACGUUUUCAAUGGGUCUUUAUUGAGGCUGACGUCAAAUCGUCCAUUAUCGGGGCCGAGUUUUUGUCAUCUUUCGGCUUAAGAGUCGAUGUCAGACACCGUCGCCUCACCACUCACCACCCAACUCUUUACCAUAGGUGCCAUUAGCUCUGAACGUUUGCUUGGCAUUCAUCUCACCAUUCCCAGCACCCCUUUCGCUGACAUAUUGAAGGACUACCCGUCCAUCACUAAACCAUGUCAUUUUACCGAAACCGUUCAACACGGAGUGAAACAUCAUAUUGUCACGGCAGUGCAACCAGUGCACGCUCGACCGCAUAGACUCCACCCUGAGAAGCUCCAAAUGGCAAAGAACUAAUUUGAACAUAUGAUGAACAUGGGCAUUAUACGCCCUUCAUCUAGUCCACGGGCCUCACCAUUGCACAUGGUGCCAAAGAAGACAUCUUACGAUUGGAGACCGCGUGGUGAUUAUCGAGCCCUAAACAGGUCCACAAUUCCUGACCGGUACCCCAUUUCCCACCUUCAUGACUUUGUCCACAUGUUAGCCGGUAAAACUAUUUUUUCCAAGAUAAACCUCGUCAGGGCGUACCACCAAAUCCCGGUCGCUGAGGAAGAUAACCCAAAGACCGCUAUCACGACACCCUUUGGGCUGCUCGAAUUUAUUCGCAUGCUUUUUGGUUUGCGCAAUGCUGCCCAGUCGUUUCAGCGCUUUAUCGAUGAGAUCUUGCGGGGCCUUCCAUUCGCUUACGCUUACAUCGACGACAUACUCGUCGCAAGCUCUUCGGCAGAGGAACAUGCCGCGCAUUUACGCCUCAUAUUCGAUCGUUUCCAGCAACACGGUUUGCAAUUAAACGUCGACAAAUGCGUUUUUGGCGUUAAUUCUCUCGAUUUUCUUGGUCAUCACGUCGAUCAGCACGGAAUUACUCCACUUACAGAGAAGGUGCAAUGAAUCUUGUCUUUCCCUGUUCCCAAAACACUCACUCAGCUGCGACGUUUCAUUGGCCUUAUCAACUAUCACAGACGUUUUAUUCCCCAUUGUGCGGCAAUCCUGGCUCUCUUGACUGAACUUUUGAAGUCGAACGUAAAACCUAUUGAACUUUCACCGGCAGCCCGUACAGCUUUUGAGAAAGCGAAGAAGGCUCUUGCCGAUGCCACCAUGCUGCACCACGUCAGUUCUGACGCUCAUGCACAGCUCAUUUUGACCACAGACGCUUCCAGCAGUGCUGUCGGCGCAGUCUUGCAUCAACAGAUGAAUAACCAGUUGCAGCCUUUAGCUUUCUUUUCACAAAAGCUACAACCGGCGCAGACUCGUUCCAGUACUUUCUCUCGCGAGCUCCUUGCCAUCUACUUGGCCAUACGUCACUUUCGACAUCUUUUAGAGGGCGGAGACUUUUCUGUCCACACCGACCACACACCUCUCACUUACGCCCUCAAGGCCAAGCCAGAUCGGUACUCGCCCAGGGAAGUUCGUCACCUGGACUAUAUAUCUAGUCUACUGCAGAUAUCCGCUACGUCCGAGGCAGCGACAAUGUCGUUUCUGAUGCAUUAG